UUUGUUAAUACUCAGAAAUGUAUUUAGAUGAAUAUCUGUUAGAGGAAGAUCUCUACUGUUGUGUAUAUAAGAAGAUGUUCAGAUGAUAUUCUUCACACAUCAAUCUCUCAUCGAUCUCUGAGAUCUUGAAGAUCAACACAACUUCUCCAGGAUUCAUUUCUUCACAUCAUCUAAAACAAUGAGACAUCUGAUGGCUUUGAUGUUUCUGGUGAUCUUCUGCUCUCUGCAGCUGACUUCAAGCGCUCCAGUUUCCUCUGAUUUGGUCAAAUCAACAUGCUGUUAUAAGUUCAGCAAUGCACAGAUUCCUCUGAAACUGGUGAAGUCGUUUUAUAGGACUGACAGCAGCUGCCCCAAACCAGCUAUUGUGUUUCAGACAGAAAAAAAGAUGAUCUGUGUAGAUCCAGAAACCAGCUGGGUGAGCAAGCACAUCGCUAAAGUGAAUAUGAAAACUACAACUAGCACAACAACUACAAUGACUACAGUACAAAAACCUAAACCGACACAGUCUUAAUAAUCUGUUUAAACUAAACAUCUUGUACAUAUACUUUACUCCUACUAUAGGUUCUUAUUUGGAAAUGAUUUACUGUAUGAUGACAAUUUUUUUACUAAAUAUUUGUAAUUUGUCUAAAUAAAAUAUAUAUGUUUACAUUUUAUACUAUUUUUAAUAAAAUUUUGAUAAUAAAUAUAUCCUUGUGUAGUGAAGUUUUUCCUUUAUAUUUCGUAAACAUAAAAGUGAAUCCAGCAAGGUCAAGCCGCAGUGUUCAACUCUUGUAAUAUUGCUCACGAACAAUAAACAGAUUCACUCCUUUAUAAAACAAGAAGUUUGAAGAUGCUUAGGUGAUCAAACCUAAAUAUAUGAUAACAGUAAAACAUAUUAUGUUACAGCAAAACAUACAGAGAAACAUUACACAUGCUUUUCUUUUACAUUGUUUUAAACUCC